UCGUCGAGUGAACACGUAACGAGCGCGUCGAUCGCACGAACAUAAAGCAAAACCAAACCAAACCACACAACUCAAACUUAAGAAUUUUGUCGACUCUUACCCCGCACACCGCAAACGCAUACGUCGCGGGUUUUAAGUGCAGCCAAGUGUCAAGUGAAGCGCUCAAAUGUUGCGCCAAGUGUAGUUAACAACCAAGUUCAAAAAUAAAAACCAGUUACGAAAAAGGAUUAACUGAUAAACGCAGUGAGCAAGCCGCCAAGAUAGCCGAACUAAUCGCCGCCUCGCCCGCCCCCGCACACACAACGCGCGUAUUUAUGACUAAAAUGAUUCCGCCGGUACCCACCUCAGCCGUCAUGUUGCCCACACCCAAGCAGAAGAUUGGCUUCAGCAUCGAUUCGAUUGUUGGCAACGAUGCGACGGCUGUUGUCGUUGCCGCCGCCAAUGCUGCCGAUCAACAGCAGCAGCAACAGCAACAUCAACAGCAGCAACAACAUCAACCCGGCAGUCCACAGCCGGAACGCAAUGGACCCGGAUCUCCUCCACAAACGCCACCGGCUGCAGCUUUGACGCUGCUGCCAGCGACACACACGCCACCACAUCAUCUGAUGGCACCGCCACCACAUCACGUGCUCACACCGCACAUGGCACCGCAUCCCGCACAUCCGCAUCCACAUCUAUCGCCAGCCCAACAGCACGCACUCCAUCAACAUCUGCUGCUCCAACAGCAACAACAACAACAACAGCAGGGCACACCAAAGUCACAUCAUGAUAUUCAGGAGCUUCUCCAGCGUCUGCAUCACAAUGCCGCCGUUGCCAGCAGUCUCAGUCCACUGCAGACACGCCUCUCGCCCCUCGGCGAUGUCAGCUCCACACCUGUGGCAGUCUCUCUGAAGCGUGAACGCUCGCCAGCGCCACCUGGCGUCGAGCAGCGUGAGAAUCCCGCACAGCGCAUUCAGCCACCGCACACACCGCCCAAAUCAGUGUCGCCGCAAUCCUCGCAGCCCUCCUCAUCGCCCACACUGCUGGUCAGCAGUCCGCACAACACACCGCCCCAACAACAGCAGCAACAGCAAUUGCCACAGCAACAGCAGCCGCCCAACUACCCCAAGCCAGGUGUUAUGCAUCCAGGUGGCCCCGCUCCAGGACCCAAUCCUCUCAUGCUGCCCGGCAUGCCGCCAGCGGGUCUAGUGCGUCCCUUCCCCAUGGGCCCCGGCGGUCCGCCGCCAGCGGGACAACCCGGCUUGCCGGACAUCAAGGCGCUGCCGCCGUACAUCAACACGCCGCCGGAGCUGGCGCCACAGCACAAUCCGCAUCUGAUUGCCGCCGCCCAGUUCCAAAUGGCCGCUGCUCUGCAGGCCGGUCAUGUGCUGGGUCCCGCUGCCGCAGCUGCUGCUGCCGCUGGACUGCCACCGCAUGCUGCUGCCUCCUUCAUGGGACAACCGGGCAUGCCACGCGAAAGCUAUCCUCUCUACCCGUGGCUGCUGAGUCGCCACGGACGCAUCUUUCCACACCGCUUUCCAGGAAAUUUCCUGUUGCAACCUUUCCGCAAACCGAAACGCAUUCGCACAGCUUUCUCGCCGUCGCAGCUGCUGAAGCUCGAGCACGCCUUCGAAAGCAAUCAGUAUGUGGUUGGAGCAGAGCGUAAGGCGCUCGCCCAGUCGCUGAAUCUGUCGGAGACACAGGUCAAGGUCUGGUUCCAGAAUCGUCGCACCAAGCACAAGCGCAUGCAGCAAGAGGAUGAGAAGGGCGGAGGCUCCGGAUCGGAGCGUAACAUGCACAAUGGCAGUGGCGAUGAGGAUGAUGAUGAGCUCAUCGACAUGGAAAUGGAUGAUUGUGGCAGCGAUGACGAGCACGAUCUCGAUGCGAGUCACUAAUCCAAGCCAGUCUAAUAAAAAAAACUGAUCCGUGAGUUCCUUACUGAAGAAGCGCCAAAACUGCUGUGCGUUUGUGUCUGUGUAUGUAUGUGAGAGAGUGUGUGUGACAACUUAAUAUUAGUUAUUUGUGAUAUAUUCUUAAAGUGAGAUAGUGUAUAAUAGCAUCUCUCGUCGUCUUAGCUAUCAAAGAAAACUCCCUGAACAAAGAAAAAGUAUUAUGUGCGAGACGAGGGGCGUUCGCCUGCGACGCCCCCAAAUUGUGCCAAAUCCAAAAGGCAAGCGACGUCCCUCAAUUAAGAACUUUUCGACCACAGAAAAAACCAGUUGAGUUGAGCUCAAAAUUUGCUAGAGAAAUCUCUAAAAAGAAAGACAGAGAAACAGAGAGACAGAGAGAGAUAGAGAGAGAACAACAAUUGUACAAAUUAAAUUGUUUAAGCGUGUAAAUAUUACUAAAAAUAAAAGCAGAAAUGAUACAACGUGCGCAACAACAUUAAUUUUAAUUAGCGAAUCUCUUGCACAUUUAACUCGCACUUUCUAUACACUUACAAAAAAUUCAAAUCAAGUGCGUGUCGUACAUCAACUUUUAGCAUUUAUUUAUCACAAUAGUUAUGUUAAUAAAUUGUAUUUAUGUUUUUAGUCCUAAGUCUACAAUCCGCUAAAUUUACAACAAAGUCUAUUAAGUUGCUUUAGUUUAAAGUCUUUAGUCGAUAAGUGCUUAGAUGUAAGAAACAAAAUGCUUAAAAAAAUAUUAUUAUAUAAAAU